AUGAGAAGAAGACAAAGAAGGCAAAGUUCAAACAUAUUUCAUAUGCUGACCAAAAACCAAAUAGUUGAGCUCAGAGAGGCAUUCAACUUCAUGGAUGUCAACAGUGACACAUUUGUCGAUAGGGGAGAUUUGGAAAGCUUUCUUGCAUCAAUAGGAUCACCUUUUUCAAGCGAAGAAAUCAGCGAGAUGAUGGCAGAGAGCGGGGACAACAUGACCUAUAUGCUGUUUCUAACAAUGAUAGGGGAAAGACUUAGCUGUACAGAUCCAGAAAAAGAUAUAUUCAAUGCAUUAAAGGAAUUUGAUGAUAAUGGAGAUGGCACAAUCGAUGAAAAGGUACUGAGGGCAUGGCUGAUGGAAAAGGGUGAUCAAAUGGCAGGCGAGGAUGUCGACCUACUCCUAAAGGGUUGUGUAGAAAAUGGAAGAGUUGACUGCAAAAGCCUUACAACAAAGAUAAAGUAUGGAGAAAUCAUUGCCGAAUAA